ACCAUGCAAAUUUGUACAUAUCGCAUACGUAUCUCGAUAGAUUUUCUGUAACUUCUGUUUUUUUGCGCUAUUAAUAAUUAAUCAGUUUGUACUGUGCUUUGACUGAUUAGUGAUUAGUGUUUCCAAUGAUCGUGAAACUAUGGGAACUGGCAGUUCAAAGGUUGAUGGAUAUAAUGGAACGGUGGUACCAGAUUAUAUACUAAAAGUAAUAACAAUAAACAAAACCUUACACUAUUGGAUUAUAUUGAUAAUAUCUAUAAUUGCAGUUUUUGGAAACUUGAUAGUCAUUAGGACAGUAAUCUGUAGGAAAUAUAAAUAUUUACAAAAGACUUGCAUAAUAUCACUGGCUUUAUCCGAUCUUCUGACUGUGGUACUCUUUGCUACUAGUAACUUGGAUCUUCUUUCUAAACCUUUGAUGACAUGGCCUUUUGGUGAGUUUCUAUGUUAUUACUUACCAGUAGGACAAGUGUUGGGUAAUUUUGCUAGUUCCUUGGCACUUUUCGUGAUAGCUCUGGAUAGAUACCAUAACGUAAUCCAUGCUUUUAGUAAAAAAUGGGAUCCAGGUCUACUAUACUGCCUCCUUGGAGCGUUAGCCUUAUGGCUCGUUUGUGCAGGAAUGUCAUACCCCAUGUCGACAUUUUACUUUUAUAUACCUCUGGUAGUAAACAACGAAAAUGUGUUCUUAUGUUCAGGAACGUCAAAUACCAAAUCCGAAAUUUUGUCUUACUACAGCUCAAUAAACGUAUUGUUCUUCUUUCCGGUCAUCUCUAUGUUUUUCUGGUUCUACUAUAAAAUUGCUUUACUUAUUUGGCGUCACAGAAAACCAGUAACAAACGAAAGAUGUCAAGAAGUCACUGAUAUCUCUACUACGUCCGUUAGAUCUCCUGUUCCUAGAAUCAAAUCCAUCAUGAAGAAACGCAAUCUUCAGAUGGAAAGAAAAAUGAGAACGUUCAAAAUAGUCGUUGUCCUUAUUUUUGCUUUUAUUGGCUGCAGAAUGCCUCACUGGCUGUUUAUGCUUUAUAAUUUGUUAAAAGAAGUACCUGCCAGCAUAGCAUGGAACUUGAGGUUUUCGUUUAUAGCUUUGAAUUUGUUCAACUGUGUUUUAAACCCUUUUCUGUACACUUACUUGGGCCAAACUAUAUAUAUUUUCAGAAAAAUUAAUGAUUUUAUGUGUAAAAUUUGCUGCUGUUGCUGCUCGAAUGCCGAAUUUGAGGAUUACGAGACUGGUCAAGGUUUUAUGGACUAUAGACAAAACGAGAAUAAUGGAAAUCAGCAAAAUAAGAUGGUGAACAAAUCUGCAGAUGUUAAAGUCACGUUUGCUGCAUGCCUGCCAAAAUACACCCAAAAAGAAAGAUAUUGAAACUGAUUUUUCUGUUAUUUUUAUUAAAUUUUGUGAAUAUUACUUCAUGUUAUCUUAAUACAAAUUAGAAUGGAUCGUAGAGACUGAAAUCGGGGUAUAUUGAGCAUGUCUAAUCGAUCUUAAACCACGAGCGUCUAUAUAAAUUAUUUCCCAAGACUCGAGAAGUUAUAUUUACUGUGAUUAGGCAAAAUCAACUGCUAGAAAUGGAAUAUCUUCUCCAGCGAGUUCAUAGCAAUGGAGUAUGCUAAGAACAAACUUAUACAAGAUGUUUCAAAAAACAUGUGCCAUCUCUUGUGGGGAGAUUUCUUAGGUAAAAAUAAGAUUUAUUUUUCAUAU